AUGAUCAUAACUUGCACCGUCACUCGUGUCAUAUCUCUUGAACUGGUCGACUCAUUGUCUUCAGGUGCUUUUCUCUGUGCUUGGAGAAGAUUUACUUGUAAUCAUGGAAUCCAUCCAGUUUUGGCAGUAAGUGACAGAGGACGCAAUUUCAUAGGGGCUCAAGAGAAAUUGAAUAAGUGGAUAAAUUCUUGGAACGAGAGCCUAAUAAAGGACAAGUUUGCAAUUGCUGGGACAAAAUUUGAGUGGAAAUUCAACACACCUCACGCUUCUCAUAUGAAUGGUGUUGUUGAAUCAUUGAUCAGAAGCUGUAGAAGAGGUUUAGACGCAGUAGCAGAUUAUCACCACAAGAAAUUCAGUGCUUUGGAAUGGCAAACAAUACUGUCAGAGGUGACGUACCUUGUUAAUUCACGACCACUCUUCCCAAACGGACCAGAUCCUCUUGAGUCCCCAACUAUAACCGGCAAUGACUUACUGUUUCCUCACGGGCAACCUUCAGUUCUACAACCAUAUACCGGUAACGAAGUGAACUUGAGAAGCAUGGUAGAGGUAGCUCAACAGAGAAUUCAGAUAUUUUGGGAGACUUGGAUUCGUUAUAUGCCGCCUCAGCUAGUACAAAGAUCGAAAUGGUUUCAUCCCAAACAGAAUCUUCAAGUUGGUGAAUUGGUUCUUCUUCUGGAACCAGGCCUAAAGGGAGGUGUCGCUCCUAGGGGACUGUGGAGGCGCGGUCUUGUUGAGAGGAUUCAUCCCGGAAAAGAUGGGUUUGUUCGAAGAGUUACUGUUCGAACAGUGGAGAAUGGAAAGGUGGUUCACUGGGAGAGACCCAUUCAUAAACUUUGCUUAAUUGCUACGGUACAAGAGCUUCAACAUGGAUUCCAAGCUAAAGCAGAUAAAGAUGCUCAAAAUUAA